AUGGACCUGGAAGCCUUGCUGCUGACCACUGGCCCCAACGCCAGCAACCUGUCCGCCGGCCGGGACAACCUCACCUCCGCAGGGCCGCCUCCUCGCCGGGGUAGCAUGUCUUACGUCAACAUCAUCAUGCCCUCAGUGUUCGGCACCAUCUGCCUCCUGGGCAUCGUGGGCAACUCCAUGGUCAUCUUCGCGGUGGCCAAGAAAUCCAAGCUGCACUGGUGCAGCAACGUCCCCGACAUCUUCAUCAUCAACCUCUCGGUGGUGGACCUGCUCUUCCUCCUGGGCAUGCCCUUCAUGAUCCACCAGCUCAUGGGCAACGGCGUCUGGCACUUCGGGGAGACCAUGUGCACCCUCAUCACGGCCAUGGACGCCAACAGCCAGUUCACCAGCACCUACAUCCUCACCGCCAUGGCCAUCGACCGCUACCUGGCCACGGUGCACCCCAUCUCCUCCACCAGGUUCCGGAAGCCCUCGGUGGCCACGCUGGUCAUCUGCCUCCUGUGGGCCCUCUCCUUCGUCAGCAUCACCCCCGUGUGGCUCUACGCCCGGCUCAUCCCCUUCCCGGGGGGCACCGUGGGCUGCGGCAUCCGCCUGCCCAACCCGGACACGGACCUCUACUGGUUCACGCUGUACCAGUUCUUCCUGGCCUUCGCCCUGCCCUUCGCCGUCAUCACGGCGGCCUACGCGCGCAUCCUGCAGCGCAUGACGUCCUCCGUGGCGCCCGCCUCCCAGCGCAGCAUCCGCCUGCGGACCAGGAAGGUGACCCGCACGGCCAUUGCCAUCUGCCUGGUCUUCUUCGUGUGCUGGGCGCCCUACUACGUGCUGCAGCUCACCCAGCUGUCCAUCAGCCGCCCGACGCUCACCUUCGUCUACCUGUACAACGCGGCCAUCAGCCUGGGCUACGCCAACAGCUGCCUCAACCCCUUCGUGUACAUCGUGCUCUGCGAGACCUUCCGCAAGCGCCUGGUCCUGUCCGUCAAGCCCGCGGGCCCCGGCCAGCUGCGAGCCGUCAGCCACGAGGACGAGAGGACAGACAGCAAGGGCGCCUGA